AUGUGUGCCAGGCGCAAGUCCAGAAGGGGUGCAAGGCUUUUUCGGGGUGGUUCGGAGGAAGCCACCAGCAGCGCGAGCAGGGAUGCGGUGAGCUUGGAGCCCGAAAACCCUGGCUCCAGCGGGUUACCUCGAUCGUGGAAAACUGUCAUGACUACGGUGCUCAUACUGACUCUUCUUUUUCUGGGAUUUCGAAAUCACAGGCGGCUUCCAGAAAAAGAGUCUCCUCUGAAAUCCGGACGAUUUUACGCCGGGAUUGCGGAAUACGGCUCGAGGCUUUACAAGUACCAGGCCAGACUUCGAAUGCCCAAAGAGAAACUGGAAUUUCUGAAGAAGGAAAGCCAGACGCUGGAGAACAACUUCCGUGAGAGUCUAUUUUUAGCCGAACAAAUAGACGCUCUGAAGGCAUUGCUUAGAGAGACGCGGGCCGGUCUGCGCAAUCACAGCUGGGACGCCGAGGGAGAGCCCCCCGCAGUCCAGGACCGCUUGGAGGAACUGUCAAACCUGGUCGAUUACGUCCUUAAAAAGCUGCGAGAAGACCAGGUCCCGAUGGCCGACUAUGCCCUUAAGUCAGCAGGAGCCUCCAUCAUUGAAGCCGGGACAUCAGAAAGUUAUAAAAACAGUAAAGCAAAACUGUACUGGCACGGGAUUGGGUUCUUGAACUAUGAGAUGCCUCCAGACAUGAUUCUACAGCCGGAUGUUCACCCUGGAAAGUGCUGGGCCUUUCCAGGUUCCCAGGGCCACGCCCUCAUCAAGCUCGCCCGGAAGAUCACGCCGACCGCUGUCACCAUGGAGCACAUCUCAGAGAAGGUGUCCCCCUCGGGGAACAUCUCCAGCGCACCCAAGGAAUUCUCCGUCUAUGGCAUCACGAAACAAUGUGAAGGAGAAGAAAUUUUCCUCGGUCAGUUUCUGUACAGCAGAGCAGGAAGCACCGUCCAAACAUUUGAGCUCCAGCACAACGUUUCCGAAUUCUUCUUAUGUGUGAAACUUAAAAUCCUCAGCAACUGGGGACACCCGAAGUAUACUUGUUUGUAUAGAUUCAGGGUUCAUGGUACCCCGAGAGAUCACACCUAGGACCACUGGUGCGGAAGGUCGUGACCGGAGAGUAUUCAAGUAUCCCGAUUCCUUAGACUGCACCACACCCGUGGGAAUCAAAACUCAGGAGUGGGAGAGAAACCGCAAAGCGGUUCCUACCUGCCCGUAAAAAAAUGAAUAAAUUUUACUAAUA